ACAGUGCCUAUUUGCAAUCAGGAGAAGAAAACAAACACCUUGAAUAUAAAAGCAGGUGAAACCCACCCAAAAGACCUAGUCAAGCACAAUGUUGGCGUUCUUGCUUCUCGUGACUGUGACCCUAGCCUCUGCUCAUGAGUCUGGUGAGCACUUUGAAGGUGAGAAGGUGUUCCGUGUCAAGGUUGAAGACAAAAAUCACGUCAACUUACUCCAGGAGUUGGCCAGCACCAACCAGAUUGACUUCUGGAAACCAGAUUCUGCCACACAAAUCACACCUCACAGUACAGUUGACUUCCACGUUAAAGCAGAAGAUAUUUUGACCGUGGAAGACUUUCUGGAGCAGAAUGAACUACAAUAUGAGGUGCUGAUAGGCAACCUGAGAUCUGCGCUGGAGGCUCAGUUUGACAGCGGGGCCCGCGCAACGGGACACAGUUACGAGAAGUACAACAACUGGGAAACGAUAGAGGCCUGGACUAAACAAGUCGCCAGCGAGAAUCCAAACCUCAUCUCCCGCAGUACCAUUGGCACCACGUUUGAAGGACGCAAUAUAUACCUCCUCAAGGUUGGUAAAGCUGGAUCAAACAAGCCUGCCAUUUUCAUAGACUGUGGUUUCCACGCCAGAGAGUGGAUUUCCCCUGCAUUUUGCCAAUGGUUUGUGAAAGAGGCUGUUCGCACCUAUGGAAGUGAGAGCCAGAUGACACAACUCCUCAACACGUUUGACUUUUAUGUCGUGCCUGUGCUCAAUAUUGACGGCUACGUCUACACCUGGACCACGAACCGAAUGUGGAGAAAAACGCGCUCCGUCCGCAGCGGAAGUACCUGCGUUGGCACAGACCCCAACAGAAAUUUCAACGCUGGUUGGUGCUCCAUUGGAGCAUCUCGAAGCCCGUGUGCUGACACUUACUGCGGACCUGCUGCAGAGUCUGAAAAGGAGACCAAAGCCCUGGCUGAUUUCAUCCGCAAAAACCUCUCCUCCAUCAAAGCGUACCUCACAAUCCACUCCUACUCCCAGAUGCUGCUCUACCCUUACUCUUACGCUUACAAACUCCCGGCGAACAAUGCUGAGUUGAACACCCUGGCCAAAGCCACCGUAAAUGAACUGGCCAGCCUGUAUGGCACCAAGUACACGUACGGCCCAGGAGCCUCGACAAUCUAUCCUGCCGCUGGCGGCUCCGAUGACUGGGCUUACGACCAAGGAAUCAAAUACUCCUUCACCUUUGAACUCCGGGACACAGGCAGAUAUGGCUUUGCGCUCCCUGAAUCCCAGAUCCGGGCAACCUGCGAGGAGACGCUGCGGGCCGUCAAAUACGUGGCCAGCUACGUCCUGGAGCAUCUGUACUAGUGGAGAACUCCCCGAGCCGUAUUUCAAAAUGCUCUCUCUUUGUUUCGUUUCUGUGCUGAGUUCUUAUUUUGGUUUGCCUGGAUGUUUUCCAGAUCCCAAUCUUUCUCUGAAGCUUCUGGGUCUAUUAAACUACUUGCAUCUUUUAAUACUGA